UUGGUGCUGCAACACAGAAUGAAAACAAAGUGGCAAAUAGCAGACCCUUUUGAGUUGUGACUCGGUGGAUGUUGUGUUGCUUAGCGACGAACAUAUGGGAGUGUGUUUUGGUCGUGCCACACGCAUGCGGCAGGCUAGUAUAUAUUCGUCGUGUUGUGAGAGUGAAAAAGCGCACACACAUAUCUACGGGCUCACACAUCCAGAAGAAACUAGGGUUUUAUUGAGCGACUUGUGUUGUAGAAAGCUACAUUUUUCUUCCGUUUCUGUUGAGUGUAUUUGUGGGGCCUAGCCUAAUCAUGUCUAUCAGAGCAGACAUAGCCAGCAAGCCAGUCACUCACUUCGCUCCGUCUGACUGGCACACCAACAACCACCUCCUUGCCACAAACGCUGAGAAGCUCCGCGAUGGCUCCCAUGACACUCGCCAGAGCUCCCACCAACUCCGCAAUGAGACAUACAACCGCACAGCCUGGGGCAUCCAUGACAGCACCACGCGGCUGUCCAACCGUAUCGACGACAUAGAGAAGUGGCGGGAAACACUGGAGAAGACACUGGCUGACACGGACGAGGAGAUUGCUAGACUCGCUCAGAUGAAGGAUGAAGCCGAGAGGGCACUGGAGGCCAAAGCGUUGCCCCUUGAUGUUGCGACCGAGUGUGUAACACUCCGAGACGGCCGCAGAAAAAUUGAUGUUGUUGAUGAUGAGGCUAGUUCACAGUUGAAUAAGGAAGUAGAGGUAAUCGAAGGCAUCAAGGAGGCCUUGCAGGCCAAAGUGGCCUCGGCCUUUGAGCAGCUGUGUCUUCUACAGGAGGCCCGCCAGCAGCUGGCCGCAGACCUGCGCGACAAGACGGAGGCCAAACAGAUCGACACAUACUGCAAGGAUCUCAGCAUCGAUUCACCCGACAUCUGCCUGCAGCCAAACUCCACCCGCACGCCCAAGGGGAGUGUGACCCCUCAGACAUGGCAGGACUUCAGCCAGUACAACACAGACCGCGCCAAUGCCGAGAUCCGCUCAUCCACCCACCUACGCGAGGCCAUCAACAACACCAUCAAACAGACCGACAACGACCUGGAGGCCCAGCGCCAGGCCUCGGAGUUUGCGCUACGGAAACGCAUCCACGAGAUGGAGCAGGCCAAAGAUGAGGACGAGUGGCAGAAGAAAAAUACAGAAGAGGAGAUUGCCAAACAGGAGAAGAACAUUCGAGAUCUCGAGCGUGCCAUUGAAGACAAGCAGAAGCCCUUGAUGUUGGCCAUGACACGCCUGGAGAACCGCACCUACAGACCAAACGUGGAACUCUGCCGAGACAACGCCCAGUACGGCCUGGUGGGGGAAGUACAUGAGAUCCAGGACUCAAUCAAGGCCUUGCAGAACAAGCUGCAGGACUCACACAACAUCAGGGAUGCUAACGAGAAGCAACUUGACCGCAUCAAGCAGGAUCUAGUGCUCAAGAACAACUCCCUGGACCUGGACAACAAGUGCAUGAAGGUCAGGGAGCAGCUGACCUCCGGCCCCGUCACCCAAACCCAGAAGAACUUGGGCACAUUCCGGACCGAUCGGGAGCUGUACACUGCCAUGAAUGCCAUCCAAUAUUGAGGCUUAUCAAGGAUUUGGAGGGGGGGAGUUGUUGGUCGGAGCUCUAACAGGGAGGUCCAGUUAUUCAACACUGCAGUAUGUGGAAAUCUGUUGACUUGGUAGCAGAGACAAAGGAGUUUUCUUCACUGUUGCUAAUCACCUCCGAGUGUCUUGGGUUCCGAGCGGCACUUUUCAAGAACUGCUCCCGAAUUCUCUCUGAUGAGAUUUUUUUUUAGUCAAGAGGUGUACCGUAUUCAAACCAGAUCAGAUUUGUAAACCUGUACGGAUUCUGAGACAUGAAAGCAAAUGUUGUCAUUGUUUCUUUCCCUAUUCUGAGAACACAUUUACAUAAAGCCCUACCAAGUCAGCGUUUCUGCUACCGAGUGGAUAGAUUAUGUCCUCCUUUUCAAGCCCGAGAGAGAAAUGUUAAUUUAUAUCCCGUACUUCCAAAAACAUUGUACAGAAUAACCAAUGUUUCCAGUAAGUCCUCUGGUCAGUUGACCAUUUUACCAUCAUGAGACUGUGAAAUUUUACCUUCCAAUAAUUCUCAACACAAGUAAAGCAAAUGACCACUUUGCCAAUUACUGUCCUGCAAAAUCUGUCCAUGUAUUGCAGCCAGACAGCAUUUUAUAAGAGCUGCUUGUUCUUUUUUUUUUAAUAUUAAAUAUGCUUUAAAAGGUAACAUGAUUUAACUGGGUUGUCGUGUUACUGUUUGGUGUAGGCUGGCAGCAACAUUUCUGAGGCUGGAACACCACACCAACAGUAUCUUUGUCAGUUACAGGGCGCAGUUUAAUCAAUUAUAAACCUUAAAACUUAAAAGCUCUCCUGUUUCAAUUAUCUUCAAUUUUUUUUUGAGUGAAAAGAAGAAGUAAAGCAGUAAAAACUGGGUCGACUUUUUCUUCAGUAAAUCGGACUUCGGAGGGAGGGAAGGGGGCUUAGGCAAGGGACAAUGAUAUGCAUGGAUUUAUUUUGUACUCAAGUCUAACUUAUCAAAUGCCUUAUUGCAUGGUUGUAGUGAAAUAGAAAUCCAGUGAAUUGUCAAAUGCACAUUGAGCAAUUUCUGUUAUUUUCAGCACUGUAUAUAGUGUGAGUAUUAAUAUGCAUCAAAUUUUCUUUAAUGUGGCAAUGCAUGAAUAUCCUAAUAAAGAACUGUCAUAAACUCA